AUGUUUUGCAUUUCAGUUUCAUUAACGAAGGUGAAGAAGAAGACUCGUGAAGUGAAAGAGGCACUUGUUAAAGAAGUACACUACUCAUUUCAGAUCCGUCACUCUGUAGAUAAGUAUAAAUACUUGUUUGUAUUCACUAUAGAAGAUAUGAGAAGCACACAUUUCAUACAGGUGCGGCAACGUUUCAAAACGAAUAGCAGGUUUUUCUUUGGCAAAAAUAAUGUGAUGGCUGUAGCAUUGGGAAAGGAUGCAUCUUCAGAGUACGCACCAGACCUGCAUAAGGUAAGUCAGCGAUUACAAGGACAAUGCGGUCUUAUGUUCACCUUGUUAUCAAGAGCUAAGGUCAACAGUAUUCUCAAGGAGCUGUCUACUCCUGAUUUUGCCAGAGCCGGUCACAUACCGCGAGAAACGAUAACAGUCCCAGAAGGUCCUCUCCCACAGUUUUCAUUUUCAAUGGAACCGCAACUCCGAAAGUUGGGGUUGCCAACAAAGCUUGACAAAGGUUUGAUGUUUCGAUUUGUUUUUAUUAUUGUGGCCUAUAUGAUAGAAAGCAUGCCUUGGAAUCCCAACGUUAUCCUUGAGGUGUUGCUACUUCGCAGCGAUAGAGCAAUAGUUUUGUACCAGGACUACGAUAUUUGCAAGGAAGGAGAGCCUCUCACCGCAGAGCAAGCAAAGAUCCUGAAACUCUUUGGUCAUAAAUUGGCUGAGUUCAAGAUUAAUAUUGUGUCCCAAUGGGAUAAGGAAGACGGCUAUAGAAUUGUUCCGAAGAAGGAUAAAAAGGAGAGGUUGGACAGCGUAACUGUUGAAGAUUCCUAG